UCCUGAGGGAGAGAUAAACUGUGGUAAAGUGUGUUUGACAUUGGCAUAUAAAAAAAUCCAAAGCCAAUUCAAAGGUUAUCGUCAAUUCAAUUCCCUGUUUGUCCAAUUAAUUGAACUCUCUUUCUAUUUCUAGGUGACUCAAUGGGGCCCUGAGAGGAAGUCCUGAGACCUUAUUCAACGUGUAUUCUUUUUCACACUUAGAUAGUUAAAGGAAGAUAGAGAGCGGGCGUUAAAGGUGAAGGACAGAAGGAAAUAUCAAAGAUGAGAAAACAAGCACAAUGCUUCUGGGAUUAAAGACUUGUCUAAAAGCUAAUUCUCAACUGUUACGUCCCCCGAAGUGAUAACUCAAUAAAACGUGUGAGCUGCUAAAGCUUCACAACAGUCAAUAUCAUGCCACCUUUAAAUAAGAGUGAAGGAGAGAUACCACGGCGACAUGUCAGAGUCAUGCCCCUCAUCACUUUAGUCAAGUGAACGUCACCUGUGAUUAGCAAACACUUGGGGUAUAAAAAGACAAACCUCGAGCAGAUAUGGCCGACAACGGGAGCUCCAGAAUCGACACCCCAACCAACGUCUCUCUGAGUGCCAGCGACUCCGUCUCUGAGUCGUUGGAGUACAAGACAGUGUCGGUGUUCCUGGUCCUGUUGGUGUCUGGCAUGGGCAUUGUUGGGAACAUCAUGGUGGUCCUCGUGGUCCUCACCACCCGUCACAUGAGGACACCCACCAACUGUUAUCUGGUCAGCCUGGCCAUAGCCGACCUGACGGUGCUGGUGGCGGCAGGGCUGCCCAACGUGUCGGGCAGUCUGACGGGCACAUGGGUCUUUGGCCACGCCGGCUGUCUGGGGAUCACCUACCUUCAGUACCUGGGCAUCAACGUGUCCUCCUGCUCCAUCACUGCCUUCACUGUGGAGAGGUACAUUGCUAUCUGCCAUCCGAUGAAGGCUCAGACAGUGUGCACAGUGUCCCGGGCCAAGCGGAUCAUUGCCGUGGUUUGGAUCUUCACCUGUGUCUACUGCAUGCUGUGGUUUUUCCUGGUGGACAUUCAGGUUAGAUAAACACACUGCAUUUUGCAUUACAUUUAGUCUGUUACUGGUUUAAUCUGGGAC